AUGUUGUCUCGCUUCUUACUACUAGCUGUGAUCCUCGGAACUGUGUUGCCACAAGCAAGCAGUUUUACAACUCCAGUCUCACUAAAGCCUGCUUUUGUGGGUCAAAAAGUUUCUUCGCAGGCAUUGCAUGCGAAGAAGAAGAAAAAAAACAAGAAAAAGUCGUCGCCGACAGCUGACACUGCCUCGGCACCAGCUGCAUCAGUUGCAACUGUGGCCUCAGCACUGAAUGAGCCAUCUGUUGUAGUGGAAACUUCGUCUGACGCAGUCGAAUCAGAGGAAGGAGGCAAGGAGGAAUCAAUGGCCGAAAAGGAGUUCGCACUAAAGGCAGAAGCUGAAUCGAAAGCAAAGGCUGAAGAAGAAGCUAGAGUCAAGACAGAGGUCGAGCUGAAGAGAAAAGCAGAGGAGGAGGCUAGACUGAAGGAAGAAGCUGAAGCGAAAGCAAAGGCUGAAGAAGAGGCCAGAGUAAAGGCAGAGGCAGCGGCCGAGGCGAAAGCAAAAGCAGAGGAGGAGGCUAGACUAAAGGAAGAAGCUGAAGCGAAAGCAAAGGCUGAAGAAGAGGCCAGAGUAAAGGCAGCGGCCGAGGCGAAAGCAAAAGCAGAGGAGGAGGCUAGACUAAAGGAAGAAGCUGAAGCGAAAGCAAAGGCAGAAGAAGAGGCCAGAGUAAAGGCAGCGGCCGAGGCGAAAGCAAAAGCAGUGGAGGAGGCUAGACUGAAGGCAGAAGCUGAAGCGAAGGCAAAGGUCGAGGAAGAGGCUCGAAUGAAGGCAGAGGCCGAGGCCAAGAGAAAAGCAGAGGAGGAGGCUAGACUGAAGGCAGAAGCUGAAGCAAAGGCAAAAGUCGAGGAAGCGGCUCGAAUGAAGGCAGAGGCCGAUGCGAAAGCAAAAGCAGAGGUGGAAGCUAGAAUCCAACACAUCGAACAAAUUAAUUCCAUUGAAGACAUCGGAGACCGCGCGUUUGCAAUUUUGCAAGAUCUCGGAUUGACCAAGGACGACUAG